UGUCCUCCCCCAUCUCGGUAAAGCCCUGCUGGGUAGUCUCUGGCUGGAUCCCAGACUGGGAUUGAGGCUCGUCGUGAGCCAUUGUAAGUGUUUCAAGUCUGGAGUCACCUCGGAACCAGAGGUAUCGGUACAAGUAGGUGCACAAGGAAAUCCAAAACCAGCCGGGUGAUUCUCGGGACCUUAUAAGCAAUCAAAGCCAAGCCUCGUGGGAAAGAAUAAGUGCAGGCUAGCGUUCUCAAGCACACCAGUAUUUUUGUGGCGUCCUCGCCAGUUCCAACCCCGGUGGGCUAAGACCGUCAUGCCGGUAGUGUUCCAGUCCCAUCGUGCCCACUCCCUUGUCGCUGUCAACUCCACCUCUGCCCAAUCACGAUCCCCCCUCGGCUCGCCUAAGCCCGAGAUGAUUACCUGAGUGUCCAAUGGGACACGUCGACCCCGUUUUCUCCGGGGUUUCUUGGCGCGUGGAGUCGCCCUGUACCAAGACUUUCCAGUUGCUCCACUCCCUGGGCGUCUUGGGCUUGGGAAGAACCAACCCCCACGCAGAGUUGGCAAGUCCGGGGAAGCAAUCCACCGAGCGAAUGGCUCCACCUCCACUGCCUCUGCCCACUCAAUGCUCUGGCGCUCAAAACGUUCGGUUUUUCCCCCCCAAGUUUCGGUCUGCAAUACCCCGAACGAUGGCUUGGCACAUUGCGGGGAAGCGUGGGGAUUCGUGGAUUGAGGGGCCCCAGAAAUCUUCCGCAAAUCAGUCGUGGGGGAUGGGGUCCCGGCCGGAGGUACUUAUUUGGUUAAGGGAGCUCGCUUGCUCAUUUGAACAAUUUCGGAGUCUUGGCUGUCAGCGAACUGCACGUCACGAGAUUGCAAAUCAACCGAGUGACCGAGCAAUCACCAAGACGCGUCGCUAAUUCUUGAAGCUCGGCAAAUUGGAAUUGCAUUUUUUGGCUUCUCCAACUCUUUUCCUUCGUCCAAAAAACCCUCCCUCCUCCUUUGUUCUGCUUUCCCCCCAAUUUCCCUAUCGAUUCCUCCCUCGCAAUGGCUUCCACCCGCCCUCUCGCCCCCGAGGUCCACAAGUCCGUCAAUCUCCUCAUCGACAACCUCGUCAAUAUCAAAGAUGAGACCGGAAGGUUCCUUAUGCCCCUGGCCGACGGUCGCAUCAUCGAUACCAAGUCCUGGCAUGGCUGGGAAUGGACCCACGGCAUCGGUCUGUACGGCGUGUGGAAGUACUACGAAUUGACCGGCGACGAGCGUCUGCUAAAGAUCAUCGAGGAUUGGUUCGCCGCGCGAUUCGCCGAGGGCGGAACCACCAAGAACAUCAACACAAUGGCCGUGUUCCUCACUCUUGCCUAUGUCUACGAGAAGACUGGCAAUCCCACGUAUCUGCCGUGGUUGGACGCGUGGGCCGAAUGGGCGAUGUACGAUUUACCCCGCACCCGGUACGGCGGUAUGCAGCACGCAACGUACCUCACGGAAAACUACCAACAAUUAUGGGAUGAUACCUUGAUGAUGACGGUCAUGCCUCUUGCCAAGAUUGGAAAAUUGUUGAAUCGCCCGGAGUACAUUGCCGAGGCAAAGAAGCAGUUCCUCACGCAUAUCAAGUACCUCUUCGACACGAAGACGGGUCUCUGGUUCCACGGGUGGACUUUCGAGGAUGGCGGUCAUAACUUUGCGGAUGCGCGCUGGGCCCGAGGAAACAGCUGGGUGACAAUCGUGAUUCCUGAGAUUAUUGAGCUGUUGGAUUUGGAGGCCACCGAUCCGAUCAGGCUACACCUGAUCGAGACGCUGGACGCCCAGUGCGAGGCCCUGCAACGUGUGCAAUCCGAGUCGGGUGCUUGGCAUACUCUGCUGGAUCACCCUGACUCUUAUCUGGAGGCCUCGGCUACCGCUGGGUUUGCCUAUGGUAUUCUCAAAGCCGUGCGCAAGCGUUAUAUCAGCGCCAGCUACCUCCCCGUCGCGGAGAAGGCCAUCGCUGCGGUGUUGAAGAAUAUCGAUCCCAAGGGCGAGCUUCUCAAUACGAGCUUUGGUACUGGCAUGGGUGACUGCUUGCAGUUUUAUAAGGAUAUUCCCCUCACCUCUAUGCCUUAUGGUCAGGCGAUGGCCAUCAUGGCCUUGGGCGAGUACCUGCGGACCUAUCUGUAGAUGUUCUUUCGAGGUUUUUGUUACGUGUUCAUGCAUUAUAUAGACGGGCGGUGUAUAUAGG